AUGAACACAAGUGAAUUGGUCGAGUAUCAAUAAAAGGUAGAGGCUUACAUAAAAGAGCACAAAAUGACUGAUUUAUUUGAAAAUCUUACUAGAUUGUUAGUGCUUUCGAGACCUUAGGAUCCUAUGACAUUCUUGAUAGAUAUUCUUGAAAAUAGAAGAAUGCAACGGCUUAUCCUAGUAGCAGGAGUAGUUGCCACAACUAGAUAAGAAAUAGUAGUAUCCCUUGCGAAUAUGUUCAAUUACAAAGUUAUAACAGUAGAUGAUCACUUUAAAUCUCAUUGGAUAAAUGAUGAUUAAGUAAAUCAAUACAUUCAUGCAGAACUGAAAAAGACAGAGAAACACUUCAGAGGUGUCGUGAUAUCUGGUUAUCCCAACAACAUUACGCAAGCAUAUUAUUUGUAGUCAUUGGGAAUCAUACCAGAGAGGUUCUUUUAUUUGGAGAGUGAUCCAGAUUUUUGCAGAUAGUACUAUGAAUAAAUAUCAGAAUCACAAGAAGAAGUGACGAAGGCAUUGACUAGGGAUAGAUUGAAUAAGAAGGAUUUGGAGUAUAUCUACGGAUCCUAUAUGGACAUAUUUAAUACAUCUAAGAGGACCAAAGAAGACAUUAUUGAAAAUAUCAAAUAGAUUAUUCGUUUGAGAGAUAGAAAGUUUCCACCUCUUCGUUAUCCAAGGGUAGCGAUUAUAAGACCUCCUGGAUUAAAAGAAAGAGCAAAUUAAUUAGCAUAAAUAUUUAGUAAAAGAUAUGGUUUGGUUUAACUUAUUACAUUUGAUAUGAUCCAGCAAUAAAUUCAAAACAAAGGAGCUUUGGGUCCUUUAAUCUAUAGUACACUUCAAAAGGAAGGAGAAAUACCUAAUGAUAUUAUGAAUAGCAUUGUCUACACAGAACUUCUAUCAACAGAGUCCAGAACUAAGGGAUGGGUUUUAGAGGGAUUUCCUAAGAAUGAAGCUUAAUUGAAGUUUUUGGAGGCACAAAAUGUGAAUUUAUUUGUAAUCUUGAAUGAAGAUGAAGAUGUCUUAAUUAACAAGUCUAAAUAGCUGAAGAUUGAUCCUGUUACUAAAAUAAAAUACGAGAAGGUGCCAUUAAAUAAUAAACCAUUAUUAGACAGAUUACAAAAUUAUUAGAUUCAUAAUGAACAAUUGUUAAAGUCUAGGAUAUCUAAAUAUUAGGCAUAUGUAAAAUUGAUUGAAUAGAAAUUUGGUGAACGAGUGUAGGUGUUCAAAUUAGAAAAGGAUUCAACCGAGAAUAUCAUUAGAGUGACAGAUGUAUUUUUGAAUAAUCCAAAAAUUUAUAAUUGA